AUGGAGUGUGAGGCUCAUGGCAACCCAACGCCCAAGUUUCGGUGGAGUAAGGACGGCCGGCGCUUUGACCCGAACGGCGACCCUAACGUGAAGCGGCGUGGAGAUGGCUCGGGCACCUUCACCGUGGACAUGGCGGCGGUGGUGGCGGCGUCCGCGGAGUCCGACAGCGAAGCCGCAGAGGCCUACGUGGGCGUCUACCGCUGCUCAGCGGAGAACCAGGACGGCACAACGCUCACCCCAAACAUCACCGUGCGGCUGGCGCGUGCUCCCCUGUGGCCCCGUGAACAGCUGGAACCCGUCAUGGCCACCGAGGGCCUGCCGGCCGUGCUGCGCUGCCGCCCUCCCCAAGGCUUUCCUCCUCCCAUCGUCUUCUGGAUGGACGGCUCCAUUGAGAGAGUGCAGCUGAAUGGGCGAGUAUCCCAGGGCCUGGACGGGGACUUGUUCUUCGCCAACGUGCUGCUGAGUGACGGGGACGACUACGUGUGCUACGCUCACUUCCCGCACGCGGGGACCAUCCAGAAGCAGCCGCUCACACUGACGGUCCAACCCAGAGGACGUGGAGCUGAGUGGACUUGCCGAUGACUGGUACCAGCGGUGUCAAGAUCGGCCUCAGUGGAGGAGGCUCGUGAAGGACGCUACUGAGCAGUUGGAGGCAGUC